UCACGCACCUCCGCGGACUGCGCACAGUGACGCCGCUCCCCGCUCAGGCCGCACCGCUCCGCGCCUUCCCGCGUGUUUCGUGCCGACUCUCGUCGCGAGCCACCCCCGCCGUCCCGUCCCGCGCCGCGCCGCGCCCCACCCCGCAGACCAAACAUCCAGCAUCCAGCGUCCGAACACGAAAGGAGCCAUGGACAGCCGAUGGACCAGAGCCGCCGCCUUCGUCGCGCCCGCGGCCGUCAUGCUGAUGCUGAUCACAGUGGUGCCCACGGCGAGCGCGCUGCGCUGCUUCCAGUGCGGCUUCUACACGGACGGCGUGGGCUCCAUCACGCCCUGCAUCAACUACACCGUGGAGCUGCACCUCAAGGAGUGCCCCAAGGAGAAGAGCAAGAGCUGCCUGAAAUACGUCAGCGAGGGCGUCACGGUCCGCGCCUGUUCCGAUGAGUGCAUCGAAAAAGAGUCGUCGUGGGGCGGCUACCACUACUGCUGCAAGACGGACGCCUGCAACGGCGCCACGCCACGCGACGCCUCCCCGUUGGCGGUGCUGCUGAGCGUCGGCGUCGUCCUGUGGGGCUGGGGCCGCCAGGGGGUCGCCAACCAGCAGCGCUAGGCCCUGCUAGGCCGCACCGUCUCCGAGGCCGCCGCCACCGAGGCCGCCGCCACCGAGGCCACCGCCACCCAGUCCACCACGGUAGUCACUGACGGCCUCGCUGCGCGCACUCGCCUACUACAUCCCAACCAAAACAAGAAGAAAACAAAAGAGAUGAAAGAACCAGACCGGUUCUUUUGUAAAAUAAUAAAAAAAAAACUGCCGCUACGACGCGUCAGCAAUGUCGUCGGGAAUUAUUAUUUCAAUCGCUGUCUUUUCCUCCCAGCUAAUUUCUCGUUUUAGAAAAGAGUCACCUGGGGUCACGCGCUGAUUUCUUUUCGUUUCCUUUACAAAAAAAAAUACUUUGGAGGUGCAAAAUUGCAUUUUCUCUCACUGGCGUAGCCAAGACUUAGCCCUAAAAAAGCUGAAAAAUGUAAAAACAAGACUUUUUGGUUGGUCAGUUUGUCAGUUUCACUGCCACAUGGUCGUUUUUCGCUGCGGGAAAGAGGCUAUUUUUCCGAGACGUUUGAGUGAAGCAACGCUCAACUAAAUUUGCCGGACGAGAGAGGGAUGAGGUGGCAAUCCUGGACGAGAACUGGAGGGCGUUUUCGUGCAGCCCGAGCAUUAUUUCUCAGCCACGCGACCUGCGAUUUUCGACUCUAUUUAUUUUUCCUUUUCUUUGUUCUUUAUAGUUGCCUCUGUUGGUUGGUGCCUCAUCUACAAUUAAACGCUAACCUCCUAGCGCGGCACAAUUAUUUCAUGUCGAAAAAAAAAUAGCAUGCAUGCAUAAAAGAUAUUUUCAUGACUUAUUCAAUUUUACGGUGCUAAAUGAUAGCGAGUCAACGUGCUUUAAUUCAGUAAUUGAUAGAGCGGUAAGAAAGGAAGAUAGUUGAAAAAUAGAAACGAAUUGUGGGGCCCCAUCUCGCUGCUCGCACCCCCAGCCCCCGGCCCGG